AUGUGCUCCGAUGUAGCGAAGAUUCCGCGGGAUCUUUUAGCUGACGCUAAUUUUGGGCCAAACCAUAUCAAGCAAAUUCUGUCCUCUUGCCGAGGCGAGUUAAAAGAACAGCUCGAAUAUGAAAAGUACCCAAAAACCAUCGGCUCCGAUAUCAACUACGGAAUUCGAUUCCGCAACUGGAUCAUGGCCGAGGAGUUUUUAACAGCCCUUACGCACUACAUUAUUGGAAAAAUGAACAAGUACAAGGUCGAGGGAACGAAGUUGACGGUCAAACUCAAUUACAGGGCAAAAGAGGCUGACUUUGAACCGAUUAAAUACGGAGGAAUGGGAUAUUGUGAAUCGCAGACGUCGACGAAGGAUGUGAUCAGUUUGAACGUACCAACUGUUGUCGAGGUGGCCAAAAGUAUGCUCAGCUCAUUUUGUGUUCCUCUUUAUGACUGGCGAGGGAUCAGAAUGUCAUUCACCGUAGAAAAGGUCGAAAAAAAUGUUUUGAAGCGAAAAACCGCCGAAGGAAUGGUCACAAAUCUCGACGAUUUUCUCCCCCAAUCUUGGCACAGAACUCAUCACGCAUCCAUGGACCACUUGGAAUCUCGAAUGCGGCGAUUUCGAAACAUGGACUCCUUUGAAAAGAGAGAAGCGAUAAAAUUCCAGCUAAAGAAGUCUAUCCAAGAGUGUUUCGUUUUGGACAUCUAUCUUGACUUUGUGAAAGAUUUCAUUGGACUGUUGUUAGAUAUUGAGAGAAGGGACUUGGCUGAAUUCUGCUUGAUUCAAGCGAAAAUUCCAGCUCUUGCUGCGCGAAUGCUAAAGCCGAGAGAUUGGGAGAACUUUUCGAAAAUUCAACUGGCCAGAAUCCACUUUCAAUGA